CAUACAGACCACUCUGUAAGAGAGGGCGAUCCUAGGCGGUUGUCAUUCCGUAAGCAAGUUACACGAUCUCGCGACUGCAUUCCCACAGAGAUCUUGCAACGUUAUUCCAGACUGGAACCAGCUGUGAGCUCACGUUUAUGACGAAAGGUAAUGACAGUGCAUGACAGGACUCCGCAUUGAAACGUAAUACUUCCUCGCCUGACACUUCUGCCUUUAGCCACACCUAAAUCCGACGGUGUUCGGUUACGUAUUGUUUUGUGCCUAAACUCUCCAUUAACAACUAGAAAAAGUGUUUCGAAACAAGAGGAAAUCGGCAGACCUCGAAAUGCCUGUGGUGUUCAAGCUCGAUGAGGCAGCGCAGGCAGAAGCCUGUGGCAGCAGCGAAGACGACAUGGCGAGACUGGUGAAACAAGUGAGCAUUGAGAGCCCUACGCAUAAACUCAAGGAAUGCAUAUUCAACUUCGAAACGCCCAUGCCAGAUGUACCACCGAUGGGCGCCCGAGUUAAGGUGCGUAAUGCAGGGGUUUGCUAUAGGUUACGUUCAGCAUCAUCAUCAUCAAGCAUCAAAUCUGUUGAAGCCUUGCAUUGUGGUUCACCUCUUCAUCAUUCUGUCAGGGACACAGCCCUUUUUCCAGGUUAUGAGGUUGCAGGCACAGUAGAUGCUCUUGGCGAAGAGGUAGGAGAGACAGAUCUGCAAGUUGGGGACAGAGUCAUUGUAUACCCAUAUGAAGGCCAUCCUCCUGGGUAUGCAGAAUAUGUGGCAGUCCCAGAGACACAAUAUUUAAUUAAAGUGCCUGAAAAUAUCAACCUCAGUACAGCAGCCAUGUUACCCUCUGGAGCACUCUGGGCCAUGAAUACUGUGUUCAGUGCUCAUCAGCAUGUUGAGAAGGUCUUAGCAGAGAAAGGUGAAACAGGUAAAUGCAAGAUACUUGUUGUUGGUACUGGUGGUCUUGCAUUAUGGGCUCUCAGAAUUGCUCGGUUCUACUGGCCUGAUAAGAGGGACAAAAUCACCAUUGCAGUUGCAUGCCUCAGGGAUGAAGGCAUAUCCAUUGCAAAUGAAUAUUUGAGGGUAAAUGUAGUUCAGUGGAAUGAAGAUCUGUAUGAGGAACAGCUGGUUGAACGAACAAAAGACGCAUGUGGUGGACCAGUUGAUAUUGUCAUUGAUUUCAGUGCAACUUCACGUUCCCUACGUAGAGCUUUGAAGUGCUUGGCUGAGGGUGGUGUGGUGUUAAUGAGUUCAGAACAUGCAGAAGGACUCAUAUCUCGGUUUAGUGAUGAGGCUGAGAAGGAGAAUCACCACCUUAUUCCAAUUGAGUUUGGGACACUCAAUCAGCUGAAGAACCUUGUGCAUCUGGUGGCAAAUGGCGAGAUUGAACCACCACCUCACACAGUUUUCUCAGCAGAUCGGGCCAAUGAAGCAUUAGCCAAAAUUGGCCGAGGAUUGAUAUCUGGCAGGGCUAUUCUUGAAUUCCCAGAAGAAGAUGAAGAAACAGAAGAGUAGAAGAAGAUGUGAAAGUAUUUCAGUGUGCAAAAAACCAUUUGACAAUUUUUCUGGGCAUUUUCCUAAUUUUGCAUAAAAGCUUGGGGUGCCUGUUAUGUCUAUACAUCUCUGAAUAUAAAUACUGUUUGUGUAUAUGUGCAUUUAAACACUUCCAUAAUCAUACUCAGCUGGGACUGAAGAGAGAAGUGCUUUUCUUGGUUACAACAUAAACCAAGAUUUAAUCCAGAGAAAAGCUACAAUCAGUUUAUAUAAUAUCGUUGGCCCUGUUAUCUUGUGUCUGUGAAGUACUUAAUUAUAGAAUUUGCAAUUAUGCAUUGCUCUAAAAUGUGAUUGUGGGCAACAGUAUUCAUUUGCACAUGUGUGCCAUGGCAACAUUGCAGAAUGUUGUAAGGGGCUGUAGGAAUUGCACUGUGAGCAGAUGUCAGUAAUAUUCAUACAAUUUUCUUUAUCAUUAUUAACAUCAGGUGUGAUGCAAUUUUUUUCAAUAAGGUUAUUUCAGUGCUUUAGGUCAUGUGCAGUCAGACAUCAUAAUUGUACAUUUCAGCACAAUUCUACAAUACUGUAAGGGUAAAGCAACCACAAAUUUUUGGAUUUUGAUAUAACCACAUCAAGUACAUAUUUUGCAAGUUCCACAUUUGUAUUAUUUAUUUCAAAGGCUGUGAUAUUUAGGCAUUAUAAAUAUGAUCAGAGUACCAAACAUAGUGCUGUUCAUUAUUUCCUACCAUCUUUAUCAUAAGAAAUAAUGUACCAUCAGAACCAUGUAAUCAUAUUGUACAAAUAACCCAUCUACUAAAAACAUCUUACCAAGCUCAGUAGAAGUGUACACCAGAUUCUUGACAUGAAGUCAGAUCUCAUAUUAAUGGCCUCAAUAUCUGUUGCAUGGAUUAUGGUAAUGAGAAAUUAAAUCCCAAAAUGCAUUUUAAACCCUUUCAAUGUAUAUUGUACCUGUAUGUAUUUCUACUGAUAUCUUCUUCAUUGUGUUCAGACAACAGCCAUCAUAAUUCAGUUUCCAUCAUGCUUCCCAAAAGAUGCAUUUUAUAAAUGUACUGUUGUAAUUGACUGUUGUGAAAUGGAGUAUGUGUGAUGUUAAAGACACUCAUUAUAAUGUAGAGUUGCUUAAGUCACUGCUGCCUUAAAAUAAUAAAAAUGCAGUGUUAGUUUGACUUGCUUACCUCAUGCAUCCCAGGAGCCAAUUUUUAUACCACAAAAUGGUGAAAGGUAUUUAACAAAGUCGCUUAUGAACUUCGUGGAAUUAUGAGGACUAUCACUUUCAGAUGUGUGCACAGUCUACACAACAUUAUAAACACCAUAUACACACACACAUAUACACCUCAUUCAUAAGUGAAAAUAUAUUAUAUAUAAAUUAUUUAUGAAGUCACCUGAUGCUGGAUAAAGUUUCAAGUGUUUUCCUAGGAACAAUUUUGCCAUUUCUUAUUCAUGUUCAGGAACACUGCAAGACAGCGUAAAGUGAAAAUGUGUAUGUGAAUAUCAACAACAAACUUCCAAUUCAUAGAAACCCAAGAAUAUUUGGUGAUAUGCCACAUAUAUUCUUCCACAAAAUUGACAAUGUAAGUGGAUAAGAUUUCUAGUGAAUUUAUAGACCAUAGGCAGAUCCACACAUGGUAAUGCUCUCUAAUUACAAAGAACCCUUUACUUUCAAUAACAGAACUCUGCAGUUAUCCUGAACUGGCAGUUUUUGUUUGAUAAAAAUAUUUACAUUAUCAAGUAUAACUAAAUGUGUGGUACAUAUAUUUUAUCUAAUAAACCAAUACCUUAUGGUGUACUGUACUUUCAGAUCACUAAUGAUAUAAUCAGGACAUAAUUAUCAGUUUUUCAUAAAACAUUUGUGAAAAAGUAAUUUUCAGAUACAGCUGGGCUAAGAGAUAGCAAUCAAGCCAAACAUUUUUUCCUUAGAGUUACAAUCUGUGUUGCCGUUUUGAGGAAUUUUGUCUACUAGUGUGGCUUUCUAGUGAUAUCUGGCAACCCUCUGUGGAUAUUCUGACCACAGCCAUGGCGCUGAGGAAUAAAAUUCUUCACUUUGCCUUUUAAAUAUAUUGUGAAAGUAUGUAAUCCAUUUUGGGGUUUUAAUUUAAAAAGAAAUAGAAUUGUAGGAUCUCAUUUGAAAUAGCAAAUUAGUUUACCAUAAACAUUUUCUUUGAAAAGACAAUGUCAAAAUGAAAACAAUUUAAAGUAAACUAGUCUACCAUAAACUAAGAUUUCUUUGAAAAUCGGAAGAACUGCUUAUGGUAACACUGCUAAAAGCCCAAGUUGUGAAGAAAAAUGGCAACGCUGGUUAAAAUAUAAUUUGAGCUAUCUAAGUAACACUUCAUGACUGGGAAUUACAUUUUACGAAAAAGGUGACAUUAAAUGAAGCAUUAUUAGUUUAUAUUUUUUUCCAGGAAUCAUAAAAUACUCGUAAGUACGAAACUUGAAUAUUAGUUACUUUUAAGUACUAUGUGUAAAAAAAGUUUUUUCCCAAGUAAUGUGUACAGUACUUGUAAUUUUGUUUUAACUGUGUGAUCUGUACUGGUAUCCUUACGAUUGGUCAGUCUUCAAGCUUAAGGUACGAAUUAGCAAAUACAAUGUGAUUUCAUUUGUUUCAAUCAUUCCUGUUACUGAAGCUUUAUUUGUGAAAGCAAAAAUAGAGGAGUAAAUAUGUCUAGUUUUUUAGGUGUCAACAGGUUCGCAAGAACAGUGUCAGUGCGAAUGUAUUGAUGGCUACUUUAUUUAAAAAAUUUUCACACUGCAUUGGUUACAGCAAUGAGGCAAACAAAAUUUGUUUGCAGGCAAGAAAGCUCUUAAACAAUGAUUCUUAAUUUCAGGUUCAUGUUGUGGAUAGCAAGCUAUCAAAUAAAUUUGUAUUCAUUGUUAUCAUAGUGAAGCUGGCUAUCACAGAUGAUUGUGAAUAUUUUUUAUUUUAAGGGAUGGUUUUAUCAUAAUUUUGUGGGUGUAGAUACAAUACAGAUGAAAAUGUAAGCUAUGUAUAGUUAUACCUUAUACACCCCACAUAGAACUUAUUUUUUUACAUAAUUUUCUUGUAUAUAUACCAAUCACUUGCCUAGGUCUAUGUAAAAUUAUAUCCAGUACAUAUAUAUACCAAUCACUUGCCUAGGUCUGUAUGUAAAAUUAUAUCCAGUGAAAUUAACUGAAUAUGAAAUGUAUCAAAUCUGUAUAAAAGCAUAAAUUAUAUUAUCAAACAACACUUAUUUCAUGGCAAACUUAUCCAAGGAAAUUUGUAUUUUGCUGAUUUGUUAGAAAUUUUUAUUUGCCUUAGGAUAAGAUCUGUAUAUAGCUAUCUUUCUUGUAUGGCUGCUGAUGUAAACACUGUUGAAUUGUAUAGCUGCUAUAUGUGAGUAUAUUUAAAACUAGAAUAGUAUUAUGUACUGUAUUAUGACUACUGUAAGCAGUCAAUUAAUAAAAUUCAAAAUUAA